UCUUGUCACAAUUUCAUCACCAUCGUUAUGAUCUGGACCGUCCGUCUCCCGAUGAAAAUCAUUUGCAAACAGUUGGGAUUGCUUCUGCUCCUCGCCAUCCUCUGUUCUCAGGCCAAGGCCGAUGGGCCACUGUGCCCGAGCCCUCCCGAUGGCACGAGCUUCAGCCGAGCCUAUUUCCCUAAGGGCUUUAUGUUCGGCACCGCCACUGCAGCUUUCCAGGUUGAAGGUGCCACCACCGGCGGUUGCAGAGGUCCGAGCUUGUGGGACGCCGCCUGUCGGAAAUUUCCAGCUAAAUGUGGCGGAUUCACCGUUAUUAACGGCACUGAUUUCUACUAUCGUUACAAGGAAGAUAUCCGGAUAAUGAAAGAGAUGAACACAGAUGCAUUGAGGCUCUCCAUUUCGUGGCCUAGAGUAUUUCCACAUGGGAGGAAGGCCAAAGGGGUAAACAAAGUUGGUGUGAAGUUCUACCACGAUCUCAUAGACGAGCUCAUUAAAAAUGGAAUUACACCGCUAGUGACUGUUUUCCAUUGGGACACUCCCGAAGAUUUAGAGGACGAAUACGGCGGCUUUUUGAGCGAACGCAUCGUGAAAGAUUUCACGGAAUAUGCAGAGUUUGUGUUCAACGAAUACGGAGACAGAGUCAAGCAUUGGGUCACUUUCAACGAGCCGUGGGUUUUCAGCCGAGCUGGUUACGAUGUGGGGAAGAAAGCGCCCUUCAGAUGCUCCAAAUACAUCAAUGAAGAAUGCGAAGAUGGACGGUCCGGGUACGAGGCCUACCUCGUCAGUCACAAUCUGCUCUUGGCUCAUGCAGAGGCCGUCCAAGCUUUCAGGAAAUGCGAGAAGUGCAAAGGUGGUAAGAUCGGAAUCGCUCACAGUCCGGCUUGGUUCGAGCCUCAUGCCGGGCAAGACGAGGCUUCCAUUGAUCGGGCGCUAGACUUUGUCUUCGGCUGGCAUGUAGAACCUACCACAUUUGGAGACUAUCCUCAGAGGAUGAAGGAUAUCGUCGGGCAUCGGUUACCCAAAUUCACGGAGGAACAGAAGCAAAAACUGAGGAACUCGUGCGAUUUUCUUGGAUUCAAUUACUACAGCUCCUUCUUUGGUAUCGAUACUCAGACAUAUGAUCCGACAAAACCCAGUUGGUACUCAGAUUCUCGCGUUAGUUGGGCUUCCAAUAAUAAGGACGGGUUUCGGAUUGGGGGCCAAGUAUUUUCCUCACAUUGAUUUGCCCACAUACAUAACAUAUAUAAUUUCUAUGAAUAAUAUUGUAUGAAA